UCAGCAACGGUCAGUUCCGAGGAUUUGGGGAGUUUGGUCUGCAAAAGACAACGAGAAUAAAAUAAAAGUAUUAAAAUAACGAGAAAGUGUGUGUGUUUUUUUUUAAUUUGGUCUGUUGUUCGGUUGGUUCAAUAACCCAUCUAUUAAUAUCGUUUUCAUAUUUAUUAUGGUACUAUUUUAAAAUAAUUGCAUCAUCAUAGACUUGCUUUUAUAAUAGGCGUGGGUAUUGUUACAUAAUGCAAUCAAGGCAAAACUCAAUUCAAAUUCUAGUUUCAAAUUUCAAACCUACAAGAGAUUCAUAAAGUAAUCAUAAUUGACAAAACAAAGAAUGAUUAAAUCAAAUCUCUUUGGUUUGAGCCAAACCAGAGACUUGGUCUGGCGUGGACCGGAGCCUUUGACUUCAAUUGACGCUUGGUCAACAUAUUUGCCUUAUUAUGACUCGUGUAACCAACGCGCAUAAAAUUCUGCGCGUGAAAGCUUAAUCUAUAUAUCGCAUUACACGCUCGCUGUACUUUCUCCACUCCCACUUGUCUCUGCUUCUAACUCUUUAAUACUUUUGUCCGAACAAAUAACUCAACCGGAGAACAAAUUUAGCAAAAAACCAUCGGGUGAUUUUCCGGUGAUGAAGUAACUAUGGGUUUCUUCGGUCGACUGUUCGGUAGUAAGAAGAAGCAGGAGAAGUCAUCUCUGACAAAUAACAACAGAAGAAAAUGGAGCUUCACCGCCAGAUCCUCAAAUCCCGCGACGGCUUUAUCGGCGUCGUCUUCUCAUCCAAGCAAGAGACGCUCCGAUGAAGGAAUCUUGGACGCCAACCAGCAUGCAAUAGCCGUCGCAGCUGCCACCGCUGCUGUAGCUGAGGCGGCACUAGCAGCUGCUCAUGCGGCGGCGGAGGUCGUGAGGCUUACCGGAAGAGGUAGUGGUAGAACCUCGUCGGUAAAUCAAACUAAUCGGAAUAACCGCCGGUGGGGUCAGGAGUAUGCAGCGGCGAUAAAGAUUCAAUCAGCUUUCCGUGGCUACUUGGCGAGGAGGGCGCUGAGAGCAUUGAAAGCGUUAGUGAAGCUCCAAGCGUUAGUUAAAGGGCAUAUAGUGAGGAAACAAACGGCUGAUAUGCUGCGUCGGAUGCAAACGCUGGUUAGGCUCCAAGCUCGAGCUCGAGCAUCGCGUUCUUCCCACGUUUCAGAGUCACUCUCAGAGGCUGAAUACAUCAAGCUCAUUGCAAUGGACCAUCACCAUAACCAUCGUUCUCAGAUGGGUUCGAGCCGUUGGAACGCACCGUUGUACAAUGAAGACAAUGACAAGAUCCUAGAAGUCGACACUUGGAAGCCUCACUUCCCUUCUUAUCAUAAGGAGUCACCAAGGAAAAGAGGAUCGCUUGUGGUACCGACAAGUGUGGAGAACAGUCCACAAGUAAGGUCUAGACCAGGAAGCAGCAGCGGUGGCGGUUCAAGGAGAAGAACGCCGUUUACGCCAACGAGAAGCGAGUACGAGUACUACUCUGGGUAUCACCCUAACUACAUGGCUAACACUGAGUCAUACAGAGCAAAAGUCCGGUCACAAAGUGCACCUAGACAGAGGCUUCGAGAGUUCUCUUCAGAGAGUGGCUACAAAAGGUCAGUUCAGGGGCAGUAUUACUACUACACAGCGGCUGCUGAGCGAUCGUUUGAUCAGCGUUCGGAUUAUGGAGGGGUUUAUUUCUGAUCAGUUAGGUCGAAACCAAAGUGAGUUCUUCAUUUCCCAAUGCUGAUCCUGUUUUGUUUUAAUAUAGUUGAAAAGAUUAUAAGAAAAACUGAGUGGAAUGUGUGUAAAGUAGAUUUUGAGAUACAAGUGUAGACAGUGAUCAAUCACUGUUGUGUAUUUUCUUUUGACUAGAUGCUACGGUACAGAUCUCGUACCAACAGGGGUCCACAUUUGUCUGAUUAAAAAAAAUACUUCAAUAAUUUGCAGUGAUGUCAAGUCACAACUUAA